AUGGAGCUCAGGGACCCCGAGACCCCUGAGGAUGGGGACCCAGAGGAGGACACGGCCGGGGCCCUCCAGCGGCUGGUGGGGCUGCCGGCCCCCAGGGUGGCCACGCUGAGGAGCCUGUGCUCCCAGUACCGCCUCAUCCGGAAGCUGGGGUCGGGCUCCUACGGCAGGGGGCUGCUUGCCCAGCCUCGCCGAGGGGGUCCGGCUGUGGCUCUGAAGCUCCUUCGGCGGGACUCCGUCCUGAGGACCACCUUCCUGAGAGAGUUCUGUGUGGGCCGCUGCGUCUCCUCACAUCCAGGGCUGCUGCAGACUCUGGCGGGACCCCUGCAGACCCCCCGACAUUUUGCCUUCGCCCAGGAGUUCGCGCCCUAUGGGGACCUCAGCGGGAUGCUCCAGGAACGGGGCCUCCCAGAGCUGCUGGUGAAGCGAGUGGUGGCCCAGCUGGCCGGAGCCCUGGACUUCCUCCAUGGCCGGGGACUGGUCCACGCAGAUGUCAAGCCGGAUAAUGUGCUGGUCUUUGACCCCGCCUGCAGCCGGGUGGCCCUGGGUGACCUGGGUCUGACCCGGCCAGAGGGGAGCCCAACCCCAGCCCCACCAGUGCCACUGCCCUCUGCUCCACCAGAACUCUGCCUCCUGCUGCCACCUGCCACACUGCCCUUGCGGCCGGCGGUGGACUCCUGGGGCCUGGGGGUGCUUCUCUUUUGUGCAGCCACUGCCUGCUUCCCAUGGGAAGUGGCACUUGCCCCCGAUCCCGAGUUCGAGGCCUUUGCUGGCUGGGUGACCACCAGGCCCCAGCCGCCUCGUCCACCGCCACCCUGGAGCCAGUUUGCACCCUCAGCCCUGGCCUUGCUCCAGGGGCUUCUAGACUUGGAUCCAGAGACAAGAAGCCCACCACUCGCUGCCCUCGACUUCCUGGGGGACGACUGGGGGUUGGAAGGGGAUAGAGAGGGACCUGGAGCCUUGGGGAGUGUGUCCUAUGAGGAUGGGGAGGAGGGGGAAGAGGGAAGAUCAAGCUUAGAGGAGUGGACAGAUGACGAGGAGGAUGACAAAAGUGGCAGAAGGACAGGGACAGAUUGGGGAACUCCCUGACCAGGUGACAGAGACAGGUGGCCAAGGCCUGGGCCAAAGUCCCCUCCCCCUCCCCCCUAUGGCCACCUGGAUGGCAAGACAGCUGUUCCUGAGAGGACAGAGGGAAUGCAGUACACCUCUCCCUACAGCAGGCUGGCCUGGGGUAUGCAACUCCCCUCCCAGCACAGGGUCUAGGAGCCCAGGCCCCCAGCCUCUUCUGUCAAGGGCCCUUCCUCUUCCAUCUGUUCUCUUCUUGAAGGAGGACACUGUUUCCCCAUAGAUUGUUUCUGUACUGUGGGGUCGUGUUGAAUGCUGAGUUCCAGUGGGAUCGUUCUUCUCCUCUAAGACCUUGGAUGGCUCCCACCAUCCACAGCAAAAACUCUGAACUUUCAGGAUCUGACACCAUGUAAAUCUCACCCUCUCCCAUUUCUCUGGGUUCUGGAUGACACCGUGGGAAUCACUCAUCCGUUCUGGACCUAAAUCUACACACAAAACUGAAAUUCAGCCUCCUGUGCCCUCCACAGAGAGCAUCUUUCUCCACCCUGUGGCUCCCACCCCAGCUUUCUCUGGCCUCCUGGAAACUCAAAUCAAAUUGACUUGGAUCUUUUUUUGUCUCCCAUCACGGACUGUUCAGGGUUGACCUGGCCUUUUUCAUUUCUAGAUCCUUCCACAUUCUGCUCCUGUCUUCGUCCCACUAGAACUACUACAUUGUCUAUAGAAGCACUUGAGACUGGAUAAUGUAUAAAAAUAGAGGUUUAUUUGACUCACGAUUCCGGUGGCUGAAAAGUCCAUAGGCAUCUGGAAUGGUGGAGGGCAGAGCUCUGAGCAGAGCAGAGUGUGUUCUCAGGGCGCUCUGCCCUACUACCCCAUCCCACAAUAAUCGCAUCAAGCUUGCAGCCUCUUAAUCCCAUCACAAUGGCUCAACACAGCAUCUGGUGACAGUCAAAGGACAGCUGCUCCCAAAUAACGCAGAGCAUCAUGGUUUGUGGGCAUCCAAACCCCACCUGUCUUCCUCAGACCUGUCAAUCCCCAGUCAGGACUGGAUCUCGCUAUUCCGCCGGGCCAGCUGUGUGCCCUGAUGUCCCAUGUCAUCUCCCUCAAGGCUCACAGUGGUUCAUUCUGUGUCCCCAGCACUCAGGGGAGAGCAAGGAACAGGAAACUAUUUCCUCCAGAAGAAUCUACGCUCUCCAGGUUUAAAAGAGCACACUAAAGGCAACGCCGGGCAGCAUGGUCUCCUGGACUGGACCCUGGGACAGAGGCAGGGCGUGGGUGAGGAAAGCGGCCUGUGUCUGACCAACUGUUCACUCUUUGGACAAACACGGAGGUCAACCCUGGAGGAGGCUGGAGGAGGCGUCUGCAGGACUCUGCAGUCUUCACAAC